GACACAAAUUUAAGCACACGCGUGGCUGAGUGUCCACAGAAUGACAUUCAGGGGACGCAGGCGCACCGCAGUAGUUGCUCGGUGCUGCAGCAGGAGGUCGUGAGGGUCUUCUGGAAAAAAGGGGGUCACAUUGAUCCUGUUGAGGGACUUUCCAGACUGAAGUGUUGUCGGUUUGAGUGAACGAGCCGCGAGCUGAGAGCUGAUUAAGAGCUAAAACACGAGCGUCACUUGACAGCGUUUAUGCCUGAAAGGUUAAACAAGAGGAGUCAGAAAAUAACACGAAUGGGAAAACAUUCUGUUUAGCACUUGAAAGGAAAACUAAAGGAUGUGGCCUGGCGUGGAGACGGAGAGCGGAGUGUGAAUGCAUAGAUUUUUUCUUCCUGGAGUCAAUAACUUAGUGACUCCAUUUACAUAACUGAAUAUUCAUCCUUAAUUCGCCUUUUUUAAUCAUCUCAGGGUUUUCUGAUCCAGUCCUGCGCUGAUGGUAGAAAUUAAAAAUAAAACCAAAAGUCUUUAUAAAAUUAUCAUAAUAAUAAAAUCACAAAAGAGUAAAAUAAAAACCUGAAAUAUCUGAGUAUUUUCCGGUUUUAUUCCAUUCUAUCUCCAGAUUGCAGAUCUUUUUAUUUCACACUGACAACAGCAGCAACAGCAUCACUUGUUACAUAAAAAAAAGACUAAACGACAUUAGCUGCAGCUUGUGAACACCCACUGAUCACAUACAAUAAACAGCCGAGCGCUGCAGGACGAGCAGGAUGUGCGCACAUAAUUCAUAAGUUGUGCAUGCAUCCAGCUGAAGAAGCCUUAACCUGUGGGGUUAUGAGAAAGGGAGCAUCUCCACCCCCCCGGAGAGAAAGGAAGGGUUAAUUGGAGUAGGAAUUUCAUCGCACAUCUGUCAGAUUUUUAAGGCCGUGACGCACUGAAAGCAGAGAGUCAAUGUGAGCAAGGGGGGAGGAGGAGGAGGAGGAGGAGGAGAAGGAGAAAGAGUUGGUGGUGAGAUCGAUGAAGUGGCAGGCAGAGGGAGGAGGAAAAUCUCACGAGAUAAUGAAAGAAAAAGAGGAGAGCUGCUAGUGUAGAGAAAAAACGAGGCUGGACCCGGAGACUUUCCGGAGUGGCAAAACAAAGACUGAGAAACGGGAAGGAAGAGAGCGAGAGAGAGACUGGGCUUUAACCGCAGAUGGGGUUUGCACUCUGGUUUUGGUGAAUGUAGCACCCCGGGGCGCAGCGGACCAAUUGUGUGAAUCUGCAGGGCUGCUCGGCGACAGUCGGAGACAUGCACAGGACGGACAACAGCCGCGGACGCGCUCUGAGACGUGGAUGAGAAAGGCACAAAAGCGUCUGUCUUCUGCCGAGGAACACGGCUGAGUACCAAAGAGACAAGAGAGCCGAGUGCUGAUGCUCAAGUGAGAAUAAAAUCACAGUUAAAGCUCCUGGUGCUGUUGCUGCCUCGUUUUCCGGGAGUUUGAGGGAGUUUGAAGACAGUACUUAACGUUAUCAGAUAAUUAAUUAGACACCCCAUAAGCCCCGAAAUCAAUUAAUUCACCAAUCAAUAAAUCCAUAGUCUGGUGUAACAAGAGACCGUCCAGACUGCUAGUCCGGCUGUGGAGCAACAAUAACAAGAGAAGAGCAACAACACACAGGGACAAGAAAUACAGAUUUGUUUGCUGAAAUUGAAGAUGGAUGGGGGUCUAGAGGAGAUGUCCCUCCACAGCCACUCUGAUCUGGCUCACAACCAGGACGGCAGGGCCAUGCUGCACUCGCGGGACCUUUCAGCUGCUUUCCCCAGGCCUUCCCUUGGGGGUCCCUCCAUGUCUCUGGAGCCCGAGCCCCGUCCGCCAGGCUUCGACCACUCCAUGUCGGCACUGGGCUACAGCGGCGACUCCCCGUCCAGCUCCGGCAGCACCUACACCACCCUGACCCCCCUGCAGCCCUUCGACGACAAGUUCCACCACCACCAUCACCAUCACCACCCCUGCCUCCCCGUCAGCAACGUCAUCGGCAGCUUCACCCUCAUGCGUGAGGACCGAGCACACCUCAGCACCAAUUUCUACAACCCCUAUGGCAAGGACCUGGCCAUGUCCCAGAGCCUGUCGCCCCCCUGCACGGGUUCAGGCCUGGGUUCCUCCAUGCAUGGCUAUGGCAGCUUGGGCAGUAGCCCAAAUGGCAAUGGCGGCCAGAUGCUUCACGGUGGCUAUGACGUCCAUGGGGGGAGCCUCUUCUGCCGGACAUCGGAUUUUGGCCGUGAGAUGUCGCCGCCAGGCCUAGGAGGAGCCGAUGUGUCAGUGGGGCAUCAGCUGAACAAAAUGGAGGCUCACCAGCAUGGCCCCAGCCACCACCCUCACAUCUACAGCCAGCACUACCAGCCCCACCAUCACCCAAACCAGCAGGCCUCCAAGAUGCCCGACCACCUGCACUCCUCGGCGUCCGCUUCGUCCUCGCCCGGCGAGGGCAAGCUGCCGGGCGGUGGAGGUGGUGCCGGGGAGGAAAUCAACACAAGGGACGUGGCCCAGAGGAUCAUCACCGAGCUGAAGAGGUACAGCAUCCCCCAGGCCAUCUUCGCAGAGAGGGUUCUGUGUAGGUCACAGGGCACACUGUCUGACCUCCUGAGGAACCCCAAGCCCUGGGGCAAGCUCAAGUCUGGCCGCGAGACCUUUAAGAGGAUGUCCCGCUGGCUCCAGGAGCCCGAGUUUCAAAGAAUGGCCUCGCUCCGGCUGGAGGCCUGUAAGCGGAAGGAGCAGGAGCAGAACAAGCUGGAGCGCAACCAGGGCCCGAAGCGCACCAGACUUGUGUUCACGGACCUGCAGCGGCGUACGCUCCUGGCCAUCUUCAGGGAGAACCACCGCCCGACCAAAGAGCUGCAGGUCACCAUCUCCCAGCAGCUGGGCCUUGAGCUCUCCACUGUCAGCAACUUCUUCAUGAACGCACGCCGACGCAAUCUCAACAAGUGGGCAGACGAGGGCCGUCCCUCCUCCACGGGUUCCUCGGGCUCCAGCGUUUCCUCCUCCGCAGUGUCCUGCAGCACAGCAUGAUGAUGGACCGCUGAGGAGGUGCGGUGGGGAGGGCACUGAGGGAGCAAGGGGGCACAUAGAGUGGUCUAGGCAGAGAUCACGGUAAUAAAUGUCCUCCUCGUUAUCAGAAGGAGUGACGGAGCCAGCUAUUACAGAUGAUUUUAUGAAGAUGAAGCAUUUUCCCAAACCAAAGUUGAUCGCUCCCUUGAAAUAGAAGGGGGCGAUACCCAGAGUGAUAUGAUCGCAGGACGUGAGGUCCUGCUUGUAUAGUCAAGGGUGCAGAGAUGAUUUGACUUAAAGAAGAGUCACACCCUCACAUAGACACCAUCUCAUUGUAUUAUUUUGAUUAACUAGAUUAGAGAUAAUGAGGGUAUUGCAAAUCAGGAGAAAGCAUAUUUUGGUGUACCUUCAAAUCUAUAGUCAUCUCUCCAAACGUGAAGAAUCAAGAGGUGCCGUUUGCUCACAUCUGGAGAGCUCCAUCGUGUAACUUCUUAAUCAAAAGUGUUCGCCAUCAUCAUCCAAAGACGUUAAUCCUCCCCCGAGGUUCUGAUGAUCCUGUUUUUCCUCAAGAAUCAAGGUGAAAGAGGAAGAAAAGGCUUUUUUUUUUAAAAAAAUCCCCUCUCUUAGCAUGUGUUUCCAUGGUGAUAGUUCCCAGGACUGUAUGGCGUUGAGCCUGGAAUUAUCAAGAGGGCUCUGUAGCGUCCGUGACUCCCAGCUGUCAAUCAUAAACCCUCAACAGGAGCCUUUCCUGUAUUUUGUGAAGAUGGUGCUGCCUUGAAUGAAUCAGAGCUUUCAAGGGGGAACCGCAGCGCAUCUCGCCAGUACGCCAGGACAGAAUCAAUAAACACAAGCAGGACGCAGAAACAGACUCGCUGGUGCAAAUGUCUAGCUUUAAGACUCUCACUGAGCUUCCAAAUGAAAGCUCCACAGCCAUUUUUUUGACUCGAAAUCAUGCCAAAAAAAAAAAGGAAAAAAAAAGAAAAACAUGAAAAACACCGUUUGAACACAAAGGCUCCAUGGGGAAGGGAUACAACUGACACAAUGUAUAGUGACAUUGUAGUAUUUUUUCCCACUCAUUUCCAAACACGUGUACUCACCUCUGCUCCAUUAGGAAAUCUUUUCUUGUUUUUUUUGUUUUGU